AUGUCGAACCUCGUUUCAUCCCCGGGAAGAAUUCCUUCGGAUGCGGUGAACUUACUCCACUCGUCCCAGCCUCCAUCGUCCAUCGGUAGGUCUGGUGCCUUCACACCUCAGCACAAUGUGCUCUUUUCAGAGACCAACAACAGCCAAACUCCACGUCCACAAAGAGAUGACAACAACAAUUUCAAUAACGGAAACAACCCAAUCAACAGAAGAAGAAAUAUUGCCGUUCCUAAGGUUGUCGAUUUGACUGGUGAAAAGGUUCAAGAAUCCUUCGAACAGUUCUUGGAGGAAUACGUUGACGAAGAGCUCUUGGAUAACGAAUUCAACGGGAAAAUCUACUUGGCUCAGUUCCAAGUUAUGAAGAGCUACGAAUUGAGCACUUUAUAUGUCAAUUACCAACAUUUGAUCAGCAGAGAGAACGGUGUGUUAGCCAGCGCCAUCUUGGAGCAGUACUACAGAUUCUCCCCGUUCUUGUUGAGGGGGUUAAGAAGGUUAUUGAGGAAGUACGCCCCUACUUUACUCUACACCAGCUUACUUAAUAACCCAGGAAACAGUGAUGGCGGGAGCAACGAUGACGCUGCAUCCAGCACCAGGGCAACAGCAGGAGGCACUGCAACGGCAUCGGGGAGCGGAAGCACCACUUCAUCGUCGACUUCCCAUGCAGACGAAAGAACAUUUCAGAUAUCGUUUUUCAACUUACCUACUACCCACAGAAUUAGAGACAUCCGUACCGACAAGAUCGGAUCACUUAUCUCUAUUCUGGGUACCGUCACUAGAACGUCCGAGGUCCGCCCUGAGUUGUAUAAGGCCUCAUUUACUUGUGACAUGUGUUCUGCUAUCGUGGAAGGCAUUGAACAAAUAUUCAAGUAUACAGAGCCAACUGCCUGUCCAUCUUGUGAAAACCAGUCUUACUGGACCUUGAAUGUCUCCAAGUCCCAGUUUAUUGAUUGGCAGAGAGUCAGAAUCCAGGAAAAUUCUAAUGAGAUUCCUACAGGAUCUAUGCCUAGAACCCUUGAUGUUAUUCUUAGAGGGGAAACCGUAGAGAGAGCUAAGCCCGGUGAUAAAUGUAAAUUCACUGGUACUGAGAUCGUGAUCCCAGAUAUCUCUCAAUUGGGAUUACCUGGAAUCAAGGCACAAUCGAUAAAGGAAAGCAAUGGAGGUUUCCUGUCCGAAUUAAACUCGGGUGUCAGUGGAUUGAAGAGCUUGGGGGUCAGAGAUUUGACUUACAAGAUUGCAUUCUUGGCGUGUCAUGUGUCUUCCUUGAUAAAUAGUACCAGAGAUAAAUCUGGCAGCGAGGUUGACAGCAGUAGCUCUGCCGCUGUUGAAUACCAAGGUGCCAAUGAGCAAGAAGUGUUUUUAACUUCAUUGACUGAUGGAGAAGUUUCCCAGUUGAAAGAAAUGGUAAAGGACGACCAUGUCUAUGACAAAUUAGUUAAGUCCAUUGCUCCUGCAGUGUUUGGACACGAAGUUGUCAAAAAGGGUAUCUUAUUGCAAUUGCUUGGUGGUGUUCACAAGGAAACCAUCGAUGGGAUCAACUUGAGAGGUGAUAUCAACAUUUGUAUUGUCGGUGAUCCAUCCACUUCCAAAUCACAAUUCUUGAAGUAUGUCUGUGGAUUUAGUCCCAGAGCGGUGUAUACUUCCGGUAAGGCAUCUUCUGCUGCUGGUUUAACUGCAGCUGUUGUUAAGGAUGAAGAAAGUGGUGAGUUUACUAUCGAAGCUGGUGCAUUAAUGUUGGCUGAUAAUGGGAUUUGUGCUAUCGAUGAAUUUGACAAGAUGGAUAUCAGCGAUCAGGUUGCCAUUCACGAAGCUAUGGAACAACAAACUAUAUCUAUUGCUAAGGCUGGUAUCCAUGCAACUUUGAAUGCUAGAACGUCAAUUUUAGCAGCUGCUAAUCCAAUAGGUGGUAGAUACAAUAGGAAACUUGGAUUGAGGUCCAACUUAAACAUGACGGCACCGAUUAUGUCAAGAUUUGAUUUAUUUUUCGUUAUCUUGGAUGAUUGCAAUGAAAAGAUCGACACACAACUAGCAAGCCACAUUGUUGACUUACACAUGCUCAGAGAUGCUGCUAUUAAUCCACCAUUUUCAGCUGAACAAGUCUCACGUUACAUCAAGUAUGCAAAGACUUUCAGGCCAAGGAUGACUAAAGAAGCUAGAAACUUUUUGGUGCAAAGAUACAAGGAGUUAAGAAAUGACGACGCUCAAGGAUUAGGAAGAAGUUCGUAUAGAAUUACAGUUAGACAAUUGGAAAGUAUGAUCAGAUUGUCCGAAGCCAUAGCAAGAGCUAACUGUACUGAAGAAAUUACUCCAAGCUUUGUUGCAGAGGCUUACGAUUUGUUGAGACAGUCCAUUAUUAGAGUUGAAAUGGACGAUGUUGAAAUCGAAGAGGAAAUAUCAGAGGAGCAAGGUGAAGCUGAGCCAACUGAGCAGGAAGAGCAACAGGCAGAGCCAGAACAAUCGCAACCGCUGAUACCUGACUCUUCUCAAAGAAAGAAAGAAUCAACGGCUAUUUCUUACGAUAAAUACGUUUCAAUGAUGAAUUUAUUAGUCAAGAAGGUCUCAGACGAUGAAAAUGAAGGCGGCGAAGGAUUGACAGGAGAUGAAUUGGUUCAAUGGUACCUUACUCAAAAGGAAGAUGACAUCCAAAGUGAACUGGAAUACUAUACGGAAAGAAAAUUGGCUUACAAAGUAUUGAAGAGAUUAGUCAAAGAUAAAAUUUUGAUGAGUGUCACCAACACCUUGAAUGAAGAUGGUUUCGAACAAGAAGGUGGCCCAACUAGAACUGUUUAUAUCUUACACCCAAAUUGUGCUAUCUUGGACUUCUUCGACCAAACCAGAACGAGAGAAGCAGAUCAAGAGGUUGAAAAUUAG